AUGCAUAAUGUUCAUAAAAUUCAGGAUUUAGCGACGGGAACCAAGGAUUUAGCCCCAUUCCGGCUAAAAAGCUCCAAGAGCCCCAAAGGAUUCAAGCUUCUGGGUCUGCAAGGGAAUCCCACUGGGCUUUGGGGCCCUGGUCCCACAUCCGUGAACGUGCCGCAUGUUGGCCGUACUUUAUUCACACUUCUCGGUGAGAGCCCCUUCCGCACCCCAGAAGACAAAGCCGUGAUCGCAGCAGCAAGCAGCACGGAGUGGGGCAGGGUGCAUCUGGAAAUCGGGGGUCGUGCGGAGAUGCUGCAGCAGCAUGCACACUCCCCAGAUCGGUGGGCAAUCGACCGCAGGAUGCGCGGAUCUACGGAUAUCCUACGCAGUACUUUGUAA